AUGGCGGGCGGCCCGGCCGCGCUCGCCCUCGGUGUCCUGCUGGCCGCGUGCCACGCGCUGGACAACACCACGGCCGCCCAGAACGCUCCGGUGGCGGCGGCGGUGAGGUCGCACUUCAACGACUGCCCCGACUCCCACAGCCAGUUCUGCUUCCACGGCACCUGCCGCUUCCUGGUGCAGGAGGACAAACCCGCCUGCGUGUGUCACUCGGGGUACGUGGGGACACGCUGUGAGCACGCUGACCUGCUGGCCGUGGUGGCAGCCAACCAGAAGAAGCAGACCAUCACGGCCCUGCUCGUGGUGGCCGUGGUGGCCUCGGCGCUGCUCGUCACCGUCUGCGUCCUGGUCCACUGCUGCCGCCUGCGGAAGCGCUGCCCUGGGUGGUGCCGCGAGCACGGAGCCAGCCAGGAGAAACCGGGGGGGCUGCUCAAGGGGGGCUCCUGCUGCCACAGCGAG